AGACUAGAAAAGGAAGGGAUUUGUCCAAAGGUCGUACAGGGCUGGGUCCUGCAAUGGGUCUGGACCCCAGAUAUGCCAGCUCCCUGCCCUCUGUGCCACACAACUGCUGCUUCAAAGCCAGGCCAUAUUUUCUGCACAGAAUACCAAACCUAGCUCCACAGGAACAUAAUAAACUUCCCACAAGUUGGAAAGAGAUGACCUUUGUGACCAGAGUCAAAGUUCCCUGAAGCCUGUUUAACCCAGCUUCCCCAUUGGCUCAUGGGACCAGCCCCUUCAGGGUUCCUCCCCAUGCCCUGCAGCUCUGAGAGAGGGGACAUUCCUUAGAAAGCCAAGGAUCACCACAGCACCAUGACAGAGUCUGGCAAGCCCAUCCUCUAUUCCUAUUUCCGAAGCUCCUGCUCAUGGAGAGUUCGAAUUGCUUUGGCUUUGAAAGGCAUUGACCAUGAGAUAAUGCCCAUCCAUCUCACAAAGGAUGGGGGGCAACAGUUUUCUGAGGAAUUCCAGGCACUGAAUCCCAUGAAGCAGGUGCCAGCCCUGAAGAUUGAUGGAAUCACCAUUGGCCAGUCACUGGCCAUCAUUGAGUACCUGGAGGAAACUCGGCCCACUCCACCACUCCUGCCUCAGGACCCAAAGAAGAGGGCCAGUGUGCGCAUGAUUUCUGACCUCAUCACUGCGGGCAUCCAGCCCCUGCAGAACCUGUCUGUCCUGAAGGAAGUGGGACAGGAGAACCAGCUGCCCUGGGCCCAGAAGGCCAUCAUUUCUGGCUUUGAUGCUCUGGAGCGGAUCCUGCAGAGCACAGCGGGGAAGUACUGUGUGGGAGACCAGGUGUCUAUGGCUGAUCUGUGCUUAGCGCCUCAGGUGGCAAAUGCUGAAAGGUUCAAGGUGGAUCUCACCCCUUAUCCUACCAUCAGCCGCAUCAACAAGACACUGCUGGCCUUGGAGGCCUUCCGGGUGUCUCACCCCUGCCGGCAGCCAGAUACACCUGCUGAGCUGAGGGCCUAGCUCCCAGACCUUGCCACAUUGGCACACGGACAAGGAGGGCACACAGGAGUGGAUACUGGGUGGGCUUAACAGGCCUAGAAAUAAGUCUUAAUUGGGCAGACAAGAGACUUUAGCCCUUAAACUUCAACGCUAGACCUGGUGCUGCCUCCCCCCCCAAACCUUGUUGUACUUCAGUCUUCUCAUCUGUCAAGUGUCAGGAGGUGGGUGGGCAAAAAUGUUAUCUGUUAUUUAUGUUACAGGGCAGUCACAAAGCCAAAAUGAGAAUAUGGAUUAAAAUGCCACAAGUUACGAAAGUGCCCUCAGACAGCCUUACUGAACUGACUUAGAGAGUGCCCCAACUGGAAUUUGGUCAUUAACUGCAGCCCAGGCCUCUAGUUUAUUAAGACUGAGCGGGGCGGGGGGGUGAAUGGCAGAGUGCUUGCUAGCACACAUGAGGCACUGGGUUCGAUCCUCAGCACCACAUAAAAAAUGAAAUAAAGAUAUCGUGUCCACCUACAACUAAAAAAUAAAUAUUUUUUUAGAAAAAAGAAGACUGAGCUGGGUUCCAGAAUUUGAACAUUCCCCCAGCUGGAACACCCAUGGGCUCAAGAGAGGAAGUUAGUCAGCCACUUGCCUACCCUGUGGCAGGCCUGACCCUGAAACCCAAAGGCAAGGAAGAGAAAUAAGCCCAAACCAUUGCCUGAGAGAAUCAGGAUCCAGGGAGAGAACUGAGCAGGAAGGAAGGCACCUAGCUACCAACAGGAGUAGGAGCGGUACCAUCACUGAAUGUCCUGCUUCCGUACCCAGAAGCUAGCUGGUGCUCUCAACCCAGGCCCUCACCUUCAGGGGCAGAAUUCUCUGGACCCAGUUCCAGGGUUAGGAAUUUGGGUAAAUCCAGCCAGGAGUGGUCUUACAAACAGGAGAUAAGCUGCAUGGGCAGUGUGAACUGUCACUAUGGUCAACUUGAGCUUAGGAAACCAGCUAUGUGAUAUGGGUAGCCAGUCAGAGUGAAUUCGCAUACUCCUUCCUGUGAUCGGAGAGGCUCUGCUGGUCACUUUCAUAGUGACCUGGAUAUUGCCCCGAUCCUCGAAGUAGCAAAAUGUGUCUUCAGACAGGCGUGUAGCCCCAUGGAUUGAGCUAUGCUCACCUGUUCCUUUGUGAUAUUACUCCUUUGCCCUGUUUGGGAUAGAAUGUUCCAUGGAAACAUCCUUUGUGUGUCCCCUUGUUCUGCCUUUGAGUGUGGCCUUCCUAGAUGUCACUCAACCUGCUGACAACAGACAUCACAAAGCUAGACUCAACCCCCGAAACCUAACCCUUGCCUCAUUUGAAUGGUUUCUCCUCAAUAAAAGGGUUCAGCACGUGCUGGCGCUCUCUCUCUUUCUGCAGACUGAGGAGCCGACACAGGACCCCAAAUAAAAAGGUA